AUGGGCGGCAUUGGAGGGCGCCAGCGGCGGAGCCCAAGCUACGUGAAGCUCUGGGAGUGGAACUACGUCGACGUGGCCCGUGAAUGCCAGGAGACGCUGGGCCCGCAAGGCUUCGAUGCUGUGCAGCUGUCGCCCCUGACAGAGCACGUGACGGGCCACCAAUGGUGGGUGAGGUACCAGCCUGUAUCCUUUGGCCUCAACUCCCGCAGCGGCGCUGCGUCAGAGCUGCGCCGUGCCGUGGCGGCGUGCCGUGCCGGAGGCGUUGCCGUCAUUGCUGAUGUGGUGCUGAACCACAUGGCAAGGCCUUGCCACGCUGCCGAAGCUCAGACAGAUGGCUCCACGCCAUGUGUCGGCUGGAAUGGCACGAAGUACGGCAACCGCCAAACUCAAGGUGCUCAUGGUUGGGAUGCUGCGGGACCCAAGGACUUCCACCAUCAGGAAGGCCACGUGACCUGGGGCACCUGUGGCGUCGGCCCUGAGACAGGUUUCCUUUGCGGCUCUUUGGUCACCACCGACUGCAGCUGCUGUCAAUGUGACAUGUACGGGCUGCCGGACUGGAAUCUGACCCGGCCAGAGGUCCAGCAGAUGCAGAGCCGGCACUUGUCCGAGCUUUUCGACAUGGGUGUGACGAUGUUGCGCGUGGAUGCGGCCCUCUACAUGGAGUCCGGGCCAUUUGCGGCCAUCGUCCACCGCUUUCCUUGGGACCUCGUGUACCAGGAGUGGUGGCACGAGCUGGCGGUGCCUGGGCGCACCGAGGUCUUCGGCCUCUACCGAGACCUGCACUUCAUGCGCAAAGUGGCCGAUUUGCUGCAACUGCAAGGCCCGAACCAGGCAGCAGAAGUAGUCGCACUUUCCAGGGGGGACUACUUCAUCCCACCCGAGGAGGCCCUCUACCCUACCUGCUUCCACGACGGGCGCACCGACAAUGCGGAUGCUGGCACCCCGACAUACAAGAAUGGACUGGCCUUCCACCAGCAGCAGCUCUUCAUGUUGGCCUCGCCCUUCCCCGUCUCGGUGCUCCUGUGGAGUGGAUACAGUUGGAAGGCGAUCGAGCAGGGACCACCCGGCUGCGAGAGCAGUGACUGCCUUAGCCAAGGAGGGCUCUGUUGA